AAAAGUUAUUUAUUGCCAGGUAAUAACCAUACAAGGAGAGUCAAACAAACAAAACAGUUACAAUAUUAAAUCUAGCUUAAAUUUGAUUACAAAAGUCAGGUUUAGAAAACUAUACCUGAUCACACAAGUCAGGGUUAAAAAGCUAUACCUAUAGUAGAAAAAAAAAAAGAGAGAGAGAGAGUUGGGUUCUCAUCAGUCCAGGAAGCUUGAACCAGUCAGGGUUGCUAGGUGGUAGUGGUAGCUGAGUCUGGAGUGAUCAGUGAGGAGCAGUGAUCAUGAUCAGUCAGGAGCAGAUGAAGUCCUAAUGGAACUGAUGCAGAUUUUGGAUCCAAACAUCAGAACACUUACUUGAGCAUGGGUAGGGGUUUUUUGUAGGGAUACAUCAAUGGUUCAAGGGAGAACACUAGAUUUGUUUAUGGGCAAACUGACAGCUCAAAGGAGUACACCAAAGUUGUUUUAUUCAGGCUAGACAAUAGGAACUGAUCAUUCCUGGCUAUGGGCGGUGUUCCUUCGAGGGAGCUCAGAAUGCAAUUAGGCAGCUUUGGUAUUUUGCAUUAGUAAAUUAAAAUUAGGACGAAAGGGUGGCCGGAGCCAGGACAGUAGGGAGAUCAGUAAAGCAACAGCUAAGAGCUUCAAAAGAAAAAUAAAUAUUAAUAACAUAUAAUAUAUAAUUAUGUAAAUAUACAUGGCCAAUGUAAUGUUAUAGCAAAUAAAAAGUGGAAGUUAAAUCAAGAAAGGAGUGUGCAUUCCUAUUGACCAUGCAGUGUAUAUAAUAAAAAGGGUAAAAGAAAGGUAAACAAGACAUGCUAUUUAAUUAAAAUCCUAUAAGGUUUCCAAAGAGGAUCUAUGACAGUUUGUGUAUUCUUUUUCUGGUGGCAGUGUACUUUAAGAGCAGAAACCAACCCAGCAAAUAUAAGGAGUAAAGCCCAACCACCAAAAUCCUAUUCAAAAGUGCCAUCUAAAUUCUAUUUUCUUUUAACAGGUUAUUAAUUAUGAAUGAUGAAGCUACUUUGAAUGGUGCAGUGGUCAUUCAAAAAAAUAACAAAACCCCCAACCAUUGAAAAGUUCUGUUUAACUUCAGGGUAAAAUAAAUGGUACUAAGAGGGUAAAAACAAAACUAUAUGAUGGAGUGCUAUCUAAUAUAGUAUUAAUGGUGGUUCAAAUGAUUACAACUACUAUGGUCUUGGGAAUAUGUUUCUGGGUAAUGAACUUAAAAAAGAAAGCAUAGAAAGACAUGAAUAUGAUGCAAAUGAAAGAAAUGCUAAUAUAAAUAAGAAAAACAAAAGCAGUGGAAUGUAGGCAUGGAUUGACGUGAGUAAUUGGACAUGAGUGAGGCCCCAUUUGUUGGGAGACAGGACUAAGAGGUAAAUAAAUCAGCAGUCUCAAAACAGAAUGUCUAUACUAGCUAGGAUAAGGAGGAACACCCAGGGAUCCAUUUACAAUAUGUAAGAUAACAAUGGACAACAUAAGUCAGGAAUGUAAAGAUGAGGUAGAGAGUAAGUCAUGCAGCAACAGCGUGUGGACAGAGCAUGCUGUACAGGAAUUAGUUCCUAUAAAGUAACAAAGCCAAUCCCAAAGCUUGUGAUGCAAUGUACAGUAAAUACAAUGCAAUGUGUACAUUUGGAGAAAAUAAGAGGUUUGCUGUAUAAUUCUGGAUCUGUGGUAUACCCUGUAUCCAUCCCCUACACUGAGCCUGGUCAACUCAAGUGUAGUUUAAUUGUAUGCCAAUAAAGAAACCUGAGUGACGAGAAUGGAGUUGAACUGAGUUCUUAGGGAACAGAGUGGAAGAGGUCUCAGGGGAACCCCAACACCAUUCAAGGACUCAUAUCUGUUAAUUGGAAAAAACAAGUGAGUUUAUGCAAAAGCUGAAGGACUUAAAAGUCAUCUCUAUUUUCUCAUGCUAGGAGAUGGCCUAAUAUCAUCAGAACCCAGAUACUAGGCUAGAAACACACCCCAAAGCAAGCUACCUUCCUGAAGCAGAAAUACAAAGUCUUCCAUAAACGACUAUAAUUCAGUCAGCGUCUUCUGCAGUUGGUACAAGAUACCAGAUUUAUCAAACUGCUUGAGAGCCUCAAACUGACCUUAGAGACAGACACUUUCCUAUCCUCCACCUUUGGCAACCAUCUUUUUUUCCCCCUUGUGACAUGGAAUGGAAUUACUAUGAACCCAUGAACCUUGAAAAUCACAGAGAAGGACAUUGUUAUUCACACCAUGAUGUUCCUUGCUGCCCCUUUUCAAGGAUCCCUCUCAUGAGCUGAUGCUAGGGGAUAUUUUAUCCCUCUGUAAUGCUGGCAAGCCAGAUGCCAGAUCUUGCCUAGGCUGCAGGCAUUAAGAACUGACUUGUAGCUGGAGACCAGACCAGGUCACCUGUUAUGUUAGUUUUGCUCAAAAUAGGUAUUAGCCUUAUAAGAAUGUAUUUAGUGUUUAGACUCUAUGAAAACUUGUAUGUUGCUGCAUGUAUUAAUCUCACUUAUAAUUCUAUAUCCCAUGUUAUAAGGUAAUAUUUAAGUGUUUGCUCUGAAACUGUAAACCCCCAUAGUCAGGAGAGAACCAUUACCAAAUGUGAAAUACUCGUUUGCCACAAGAGGUGUUAUCUCCCGCUCAACAAAAGAAGGCCCAUAAACAUCAGACAAACCAUUGUGGAACAUCAGAGGACAAAAGAUUUUGUUGAUUGCUCCCACCCUCCCCCACUAUGCCCCAUGAAGAAGAGAUGUGCACAUGAACUCAUCCCAUCAUCUUGAAUUCUGGGAGAAGGGAAUAAAAAUUCCUGACUAGAAGGAACUGCAUCUUUUUUGGCUGUUUGAACUCUGAAGGGCUAGAGACUAAACUGAAGCCAGAGAUCCCCAGAGUUUGCCUCCUGGGUCUGCCCUGAAAGCCACUUUGAAUAGACAGAACACUACAACUCUGUCACUCUUAGGAUUUAAAUGAUAACUCAUUUGUGUGUAUAUGUUUACUUGCUUUAACCUGUAAAUAACUCUCUUCUUCCUUUUUCCUUGUUAAUAAGCCUUUAGACAGUUUAUUACAGGAUUUCUACAGGCAUUGUCUUUGGUGUAGGAUCUAGAGUAUCAACUAAUCUGGUGCAAGUGACUGGUCUCUUGGGACUGGAAGUAACCUAAAUGUGGUGCGAUUUUUGGUGUAAAUGACCAUUUAUCACUAAAUCCAGUUUGUAUGGGUGGCAAGCUAGACAGGAGAGUGUAGGGACUGUCUGUGAUGGUAAGAUUGUUAUAGCGAUCCAAGCUUCGUGAAAUCCAAUUAUAAAACACACUACCAGUUUGGGUUGUCUGCCCUGAUGUAGGCACUCACAACUGUGAGCACCUCCAGACAGUGUGACACCCUCCUCCACAUAAAAGUCGUAGGAAAAAUCCAACUGCAAGACCAGGGAAAGGGGUUUGACUCUUUACUUCCUGAUAGCAAAAUUAAAAAGAACGGCCACUUAGGAUACGCCUACACUACGUGUGCUAUAGCAGCCCAGCUGCAGCUCCGCCACCCUAACGUAGUCCAUUGCUACAGGGCCGGAAGGGGUUGUUCCAUCACUGUAGUAAACCCACCCCCAUGAGGGGAAAAAUUUGCCCAUUAACGUAGCUGUGUUUCCAGAAGGGGAUCGAUCGCCCACCUACAUCACACAGGGCACAGAAUUUUCACAGCGCAGGUUGAUCUAAGUUUCAGGUGUAGACCAGGCCAUCGCGCGUAGCCACUCUGGGGCAAGAAGCAUCUUUUUGGUCUGUGUUUGGCCAGCGCCUAGCACGGCGGGGUCCUGGCCCCCCCGCACAGUGUCCUAGGCCGCCGCAGCAAUACUAACAACAUACCACAACGGAUCUUAGCCGUCAGACCAAACAGCGACAUUCCCGAGCGGGAGGGACACCGACAUCCACGGCCCCUUCCCUCCACUCCCGGGAGGGGGCUGCCACGCUCGCCCCCUGCACAGCGAAUGGCAGCGCCGGGUAUGCCACAGGGCGGUAGGGCACCACAGCCUCGCUCCCGACCCCAGUCACCGGGAGGGCAGGAGGGAGUGGGGGAGGCACAGCCAGACAGGGCACCUGCCUCACUCACGGAGGGCGCCCCCCCCCCGAAGGAUUCUCUCUCCCCUCAGGCACUGGGGGGGCAGCCCCACCAGAAGCUUUUCUCUCCGAGCCUCAGGCAGCUGCAGGACUCCUCAGGGGUAGGGCAGGGGUAAGAGCUGCCUGUCACACGGGACCUCCCCAAGCACCGGCUGCCUCAGCACUUCCGGGUCGGCGGGGGCGGGGCGGAGGAGGAGGUCGCCUUGCGUGACGUUGCUGAAGGGUUCGGGCUGCUGCCGCCGCUGCCUGUUAUUGUUCCUGCUCUUGCGGGUUGCCGCCUCCGGACGCGGAGCAGCUCGAGAGGGGGGACAGCGCACGGAGCGCUUGAGAAGAGGGGAGAGGGCUCCGUUAGGUGGCUGUUAACGGUUUCGAACUCUCCGCUGCGCGAGCCCUGACAGCGCGGGUGGGGGGAGAGUGCGCGUCACUGAGGAGCGAGAGAGAGAGAGACCGAGAGGCGGCGAGGGCGGGGAUUGGGCGGCCAUGGCCUACGCGUAUCUCUUCAAAUAUAUCAUCAUUGGGGACACAGGUGUUGGGAAAUCAUGUUUAUUGUUACAGUUUACAGACAAGAGGUUUCAACCAGUGCAUGACCUUACUAUUGGUGUAGAAUUUGGUGCUCGAAUGAUAACAAUUGAUGGAAAACAGAUAAAACUUCAGAUAUGGGAUACGGCAGGGCAAGAGUCCUUCCGUUCCAUCACAAGGUCAUACUACAGAGGGGCAGCAGGGGCUUUACUAGUAUAUGACAUUACAAGGAGAGACACUUUCAAUCACUUGACAACCUGGUUAGAAGAUGCUCGCCAGCAUUCCAAUUCCAACAUGGUCAUUAUGCUUAUUGGAAAUAAAAGUGACUUAGAGUCUAGAAGAGAAGUGAAAAAAGAAGAAGGUGAAGCAUUUGCACGAGAGCAUGGACUUAUUUUUAUGGAGACAUCUGCCAAAACUGCUUCUAAUGUCGAGGAGGCAUUUAUUAAUACAGCAAAAGAAAUCUAUGAGAAAAUCCAAGAAGGAGUCUUUGAUAUUAAUAAUGAGGCAAACGGCAUUAAAAUUGGCCCUCAGCAUGCUGCCACUAAUGCAACACUUGCAGGCAAUCAGGGAGGACAACAAGCUGGUGGAGGCUGCUGUUGAACCUAUUUUUACUCUCUAGCUGCCCGACUAGGGCCCACUAACUUGUUCUUUCACCCUCCCCCCACUGCAGCUCAACUGAGACAUGAAACUAUUGUAAGUUGGUUUCAUGCGGCAGAAGAAGACUUUAUCCUUCAACUUCUUGUAUAACUUUGAAUAAAUGGUUAAUGUUCACUUAAAGACAGAUUUUGGAGAUUGUAUUCAUAUCUAUUUACAUUUGAUUUCUAGUUCAGUUGAUGUGAUUAUUUUUGUUAAAUGUUGUCUUGUGCCCUUGACUACAAACUGAAUUGUAUUAAACACUACAAAGUCAUCUGAGUAUUUUAAUCAGUUUGUGUAGUUAGGUUUCCAACUACUGUGGUUACCUAAUGUUUAAUAUUGUAGAGCUGUCCAAGUUUUUGUCAAUUUUCAAGGCUAUAAAGAAAAGCAGAAGGACUCUUUUAAUUCUGUAUUUAUCAUUUACUUUCUGUAUAUAUAGUUUAAUAACCUGCUUGGGUGUAUUUGCCAAGCUAGAAUUCUUUAAUGCAUUUGCAUAAAUUCUAUACUAUUUAGAGCUUGAAAACUACAGAAACAUUAUUAGAAAUUGCUUGGAUGCUGAAUUUUAAACCUUUUUGACAUUGUUAGCAUGUUCAUCCUCUCCUGCCAUUAUCCUCAAGUCCAAGAAAAAUGCUUAAUGUAUAUUACUGGAAGCUACAUAUGUGUUAACUAUUUUAAUGCCAAAUGUUUGCUGUUUGUCCACAAUUUCCACAGCACCUCUUCAGAAAUGGAUUAGCAGUUUGCCUUAAUGAAUACUGUAGGUAAAAACACAGCAUAAUGAAUGAAAAAUACAGGAGGAAUCGAUACCCUUUUAAGAUGGCACAUUAUGAAGACUGAUCUUUUCUUAUAUUUUUUUCUUGUUUACCGCUUGAUUUCUCAGUAUAUUUUUCAUGCAGGACAGUUUUUCAACCUAGUUGUACAGUGACCGUGUAAAGUUUUCUUUCAGUGGCAACUUGUAAUCCUAAAUAUAUGGUAAGCAUCUUGUCUGUUGUGAAAGGGGUGUGACAAUAAAUCUGCCAGAUUGAAAAUCUUGAUAAAAGCCAAAACUGGAAAUGCUUUGGUACUUUACUCAAUAUGGUGGUUUAUUUUAUUUUUUCUCAUAAUGAAAUAGUUAACAGUGCAAAAUAAAAUUCUGUGUUUAAGUAUUUAAACUUGUUAAGGUGCAGAAUAUUAAUAUCGGUCUGACUGCAAAUGAGGAAAACUUCCAAUUAUUUUUCAUAUUUAUACAUUCAAAAAUAAAGGGGUGACACUGAUGCUAGCUCGCGCUUCAUAUAUCUCUCUAAAGGAAAGAAUUUCCGCCACAAGUUUUGUCUUAAUGGACCAGCAGAGACUGAGGCAUAAAUCUGGGGACGUGGACUCCCCCCUCAAUUCAGCCACACUUACUGUCAAGCUACAAAAGGGAACGUUAACAUCAAAAGUGAUAAAGCUCACUCUGAGAAGUGUAACAUAGCAAUGGUUCUGAGAUUAAAUAAAGUUUAAAAGUAUGUGAGA